AUGGGAAACCUGUUAUGCUGUGUAAAAGUUGACCAGUCCACUGUGGCUAUUAAGGAAAGAUUCGGAAAGUUCGAUGAUGUUCUCCAGCCAGGUUGCCACUGCCUACCCUGGUUUCUCGGCAGCCAGAUCGCUGGUCGCCUCACUCUCCGGUUGCAGCAGCUGGAUGUGAAAUGCGAGACAAAAACUAAGGUUGGUCUCCUCUUCCUACGUUCAUACGGGAUAUACUACACGAAUACCCCUCCAGAAUUCUCUCCAGCGAACCUCCACCCAUUCCUUGCAUCCAGUUAAGAUCACCAAUAUGAUCCCUGGGAAGAUCAGCUCCUCCACAUUUUUCAGCCCAAGAUGAGAAAUAUCAACCCCUCUUUCUACGUUGACAAGGGAUAGAUUAGACGGUUAGUUAUCAGUAUUCUCCUGGAAUCAUGCAUCCACAUCUAAUCGGCAGUCGUGAAGGUCCAUGUGAUCUCUGGGAAGAUCAAAACCCUCGGACUUUGUUCGUCCAUGAUGGGCAGUCGUUGAUGGCGGAGUUGUUGCAGGACAAUGUGUUCGUCAAUGUGGUCGCGUCCAUACAAUACCGCGCUCUGAGUGAGAAGGCAGGAGACGCGUUCUACAAAUUGAGCAACACGAGAAACCAAAUCCAAGCUUAUGUUUUUGACGGUGAGUGCUCUUUGAGUAGAUCCUUCAACAGUUGAUUACCAGGUAGACAUGACUACAUUUCCGUGUGGGUGAUGGGCGAGAAAAAAACUUGUCCGUUUUCUUCUCCUGCCAGUUAUCAGGGCAAGCGUUCCGAAGCUUAAUCUGGACGACGCAUUCGAGCAGAAGAACGACAUUGCCAGGGCCGUGGAGGAUGAACUGGAGAAGGCCAUGUCGAACUACGGGUUUGAGAUUGUGCAGACGCUCAUCGUCGAUAUAGAGCCAGAUGAGCACGUGAAGCGAGCCAUGAACGAAAUCAAUGCUGGUAGUGUGCUCCUCCCCAUCCGGUGUUGAAUUUAUCUCAUUUUGCCCUUUAAUUUUAAUAAAAUCUUAUCGGGAUAUCUUUAACAUUAUUGCUCAGAAGUUCUUUUUUAAAUAUCAUUAACUUUUAUUUUCCUUAUUUUCUAUUUCCACAUCUAAUUCUCAACGUAUUUGCUCGGUCUUUUUUGUCUUUUGAGAUCAUUUAGCUUUGGGGCAUCAUUCUUUCGUAGGAUUUUUUUCUGUAGGAAAAUAUCAUCAAUUUUUUGAAAAUAUUAUGCGAUUAUUACAACCCCCCCCCCCCCCCUUCUUCCUCGCUCAGCUCUUAGGCUCAGGAUGGCUGCAAGCGAGAAGGCAGAGGCGGAGAAGAUCCUGCAGAUUAAACGGGCGGAGGGGGAGGCCGAGUCCAAGUACCUGGCCGGACUUGGAAUCGCUCGCCAGCGCCAGGCGAUCGUCGACGGGCUCAGAGACAGCGUCCUCGGAUUCUCUGUCAACGUGCCGGGGACGACGGCCAAGGACGUGAUGGACAUGGUCUUGGUCACCCAGUACUUCGACACCAUGAAGGAGAUCGGCGCCUCUUCCAAGUCCUCCGCCGUAUUCAUCCCCCACGGUCCCGGGGCCGUCCAGGACGUCGCCACCCAGAUCCGCAACGGUCUCCUCCAAGCCUCCGUGAAUCACUAG